AUGCCGCCAUAUUUGUUACUGUCGUUAUUUUUAACUAGUCGCCUUUUAGUUAAUGCUGCAGAUACCCCUCCGGUGGAAGAUUAUGAUGUCCUACAAUAUAUCAAUCCCUUGAUCGGCAGUGCCAACGGAGGAAAUGUGUUUCCUGGUGCCUCGCUGCCAUAUGGGAUGGCAAAAGCCGUCGCCGACACAGAUUCAGAAAGCAACCAAGGAGGUUUCGCCCAUGAGGGUGGCAGCGUCACUGGAUUCUCCAGUAUGCACGACUCUGGCACUGGGGGCAGUCCUUCGUUAGGCAAUUUCCCUCUCUUUCCCUAUGCAAAAUGCGCCGGGGAUGAUGUGAAUGGCUGUGUCUACCCGAAGAACCAACGAAAGACAAAGUAUAAGCCCGACUCGGUCCAGGCGCACCCAGGAUACUUUGCUAUAGAGCUGGCAUCGGGGGUCCGGGUUGAUAUGACAACUGCGCACCAUACGUCCCUGUUUCGCUUCCAGUUUCCAAAUGAUAACAGCACCAGCCCGUUGAUCUUGCUGGAUCUCACCGAUCUGUCGAACUCCCGUCAGGACAACGCGACCAUCUCAGUAGACAACACAACGGGCCGUAUGACCGGUGAUGCGCGAUUCGCUCCUAGUUUUGGGUCGGGAUCGUACCUCUUGCAUUUCUGUGCCGACUUCAAAAGCCCUGCAGCCCAGCGAGAUAGUGGUAUCUUUGUCAAUUCUCGUGCUAGUGCUGGUGUUCAUGAUUUGAAAAUCUCCCGCAGCAUCAAUGGGUACCCGCUGCCAGGUGGUGGAUUUAUCCGCUUCAAAUCUGCCCCAGACAAUACGGUCCUCGCUCGAGUUGGCGUCAGCUUCAUGAGCACAGAGCAAGCUUGCGGUCAUGCCGAGUCUGAGAUUCCACACUUCGACUUCAACGCAACCCGCCAGACAGCAGUCGACAAAUGGACAGAAAAGAUGCGUCCGAUCCGUGUCUCACGUACAAACAUCGACGCAUCCGUUCUGUCCAAUUUCUACAGUGGAAUCUACCGGACUAUGAUCAACCCUCAGAACUACACAGGCGAGAACCCGCUGUGGCAGAGCAGCGAGCCUUACUUUGAUUCGUUCUAUUGUCUUUGGGAUUCCUUCCGUUCCCAAAUUCCAUUCCUCACUAUCUUUGAUCCUUCCUCGGUAAUACAUAUGGUGCGCUCCCUCAUUGAUACCCAGCGCCAUCUAGGCUGGCUACCAGACUGCCGCAUGUCACUGUGCAAAGGAUACACACAAGGCGGUUCGAAUGCCGACAACGUUCUGGCAGAUGUCUACCUAAAAGGCCUCAGAGAUGGGAUUGAUUGGGAUGCCGGGUACGCAGCUGUGCAAAAAGACGCCGAGGAGGAGCCAUACGACUGGUCUAGCGAAGGCCGCGGCGGUCUACGCAGCUGGAAAGAACUACACUAUAUACCCGUGGAAGACUUUGACUACGAGGGGUUCGGCACAAUGACGCGCAGCAUCUCACGCACACUCGAGUAUUCCUAUAACGACUUCGCCAUCGCGCAAAUGGCUCGCGGCAUGAACAAGACAGCCGACGCAGAGCGGUACGAGAGCAGAUCGCGAUACUGGCAAAAUUUAUUCAAGAAGGACCAAGACUCUCUGUGGAAAGGUAAGGACACUGGCUUUACCGGUUUCUUCCAGCCAAAGUAUCUGAAUGGAACAUGGGGCGUGCAAGAUCCCCUCGCAUGCUCAAACAUCGACGGGAGCGGACUCGCCUGCUCACUGCAAAACACCGCAGGCGAAACCUUUGAAUCCAGCAUCUGGGAGUAUCAAUUCUUCGUCCCCCACGACAUGCAAACCCUAAUAACCCUCCUGGGCGGCCCCAAGAACUUCGUCACGCGCCUCGACUACCUCCACGACCAAAACAUAACCUACAUCGGCAACGAGCCAGCCUUCCUCACAGUCUUCCAAUACCACUACGCUGGGCGUCCGGCAAAAUCCACUUCCCGCGUGCGCACCUAUAUCCCCGACUACUUCUCGCCGACGCCAGCCGGACUGCCAGGCAAUGACGACUCGGGCGCCAUGGGCUCGUUCGUCGCCAUGGCGAUGAUGGGAUUAUUCCCAAACCCAGGACAGAGCGUGUACCUACUCACAGUGCCGUUCUUCGAGUCUGUUAGUAUUGUUUCCCCGUUGACGGGGAAAACGGCAACGGUGAGGACGCUUAACUGGGCUCAGUAUAACACGCCUAAUGCUACUGGCGCUGCUGCUGGUGGGAAUGGGUUUAUUCAGUCUGCGACGCUGGAUGGGAAGCCUUAUACCAGGAAUUGGAUUGGACAUGAUUUCUUCACGGAGGGAUGGGAGUUGGUUCUUGUUCUUGGGAAGGCGGAGAGUGAGUGGGGGACUAAAUCGGAGGAUUUGCCGCCUUCUUUGAUGCCGGAGGCUGGGGUUCGUGGUAGUGGGGCUGUGAGGAACCGUAGGUGGGAGAGUGUUGAGGGUGGGCAGCUUGGUGGUGUUGCUGGUCUUGCAUCGAAGCGUGCUUUGCAUCUUGAUCAUGUCCGUAGGGCUGGGGAUAGUCAUGUGGAUACAAGGCGCUUGGUAGGUUGA